CUUACGCUGAUAAUAACAGGACCUGGACCGUCUGUCUGGCAAUCGGAGGAAAAGAGGAUUUGUAACGCAGCAGGGGCCUCUGGCCAGAUCGCUCAACUGCAAUCACCAUCGCCGCUUCACUGUCUGGCUUUAGUCCAGCCAUGUCCACGGUGCAAUCCAUCCCCAACCCAAAGCAAGCCGAAGACCAGGGCAUGGACUUGCCCAAAUCACCCUCUCAGGUCAAAAGAAGACCACCAGGGCACCUGAAGCUGACCCGCAGCCUCUCCAAGUCAGAUUCAGACCUGCUGGUGUCGCCCUACUGUGAUGAAGAAGACGGGCCGCUGGGUGGACGCAGUGAAUCGCUGGCCAACUACAAGGUGGAGGGGAAGCCAAUGGAGCGGCUGCCCUCAUUCGCUUCCGAAUGGGAUGAGAUUGAGAAGAUCAUGACAUUAAUUGAUGCAGGCAUCGAACUCUCCAAGGAACAUCAGCCAGCAUCCACAGAUGCGGCAGGGAGCCGGGUUCUGGAGCAGUCGGUGGGGGAGUGGCUGGAGCAUGUGGGCUUCCCUCAGUACGAGAGCAAGCUGCUGCUCAAUGGAUUCGAUGACCUGCGCUUCAUGGGUAGUAAUGUAAUGGAAGAUGAAGAUCUUAGGGAAAUUGGUAUCACAGAUCCCGGCCAUCGGAAGAAAAUUCUUCAUGCAGCAAAGAGCCUACCAAAGGUAAAAGCUCUUGGCUGUGAUGGAAGUACCUCACUUGCUUCUUGGCUGGAGAUUCUGGGUCUUGGGGAGUAUCUCCACAACUUCCUGUCCAGUGGCUACCGCACACUGGAGUGUGUGAAGAACCUGUGGGAGUUGGAGAUUGUUAAUGUGCUGAAAAUUGGCCCGCUCGGCCACAGGAAGAGAAUCAUUGCCUCCAUAGCAGAGCGACCGUAUGAAGAAGCACCAUCAAAGUCCAAAAGCUUAUCCCAGCUCAAGAUUCAGGAUCUCUUGUCCCAGAAUCCUCCUCUUGGUUACAUGGACCCGUAUACGAGUCGCUCCAUGGACAUGCUGCUGCCGCUGAGUGAUUUUGGGAGGAGAGGUCGAGGGCUGGAUCAGGAGUGCAGCGUGUCGCUCCGUUCCUACAGCGAGAGGCCGCGCUCACAUGAUCGUCAUAUAGAUCGGCAAAGAGAGUCACGGCUAAGCCUGAGACCCACAAGCCAGUCUGCCACCUACACCACAGUCUCUACAUGGCACCACCAUCCUGAGAAGCUCAUCAGUGAGGCUUGUGGCUAUGAAGCUAGUUACCUGGGCUCUGUGAUUAUCCGAGACCUGCGAGGUAUUGAGUCUACCCAGGAGGCCUGCGCGAGAAUAAGGAAAUCAAAGGACCAUCGAAAAGGCCCCGUCAUAAUCCUGUCCAUCACAUACAGAGGAGUCAAGUUCAUUGAUGCAGCCACUAAGGCUAUUGUGGCAGAACACGAGAUCCAGAACAUCUCCUGUGCCGCCCAGGACCCUGAUGAUCUCCGCACGUUUGCCUACAUCACGAAAGAUCUGAAGUCUGGGCAUCACUUCUGCCACGUCUUCACCACAGUGGAAGUGACGCAGACGUACGAGAUCAUUCUGACCCUGGGACAGGCGUUCGAGGUGGCCUAUCAGAUGGCUCUUCAGGCACAGAAGGCUCGGCGUCACAGUUCCUACGUGGGCCCAGCCUCUGAGAUCAUAGAGACCAAGACCAGCAGGCCGACCUCUCAGUACCGCAACAGCACGCGACGGUCAAUGGGCGCACCUGUACUAGAAUGCCGCUGCUGCUACUGUCACACCUGCUCCGCCCACCGCCCCUCCUACCUCCCGCUGCCCUCUGUCAGCCCUGGAGUCCAGGUGAUUUCUCCUACACCGUGUCCAUUCUAUGGCACACGAGGUGGGCGAUGCGUUGGCUGGCGUCCAGUCCCGCAGUCUUACGUCCCCCUCCCCCUCCCUCCUGGCAGAUGGACCACGCAGAGCCGGAGACGGACGCACAGUCCUUGGGCAGCACCGGCUGGCUCUUCGACCCCCGCGACUCCUCAAGGCCACCCAGCAGCGCCAAGUACGAGACCACCAUAUUCUGAAGUGGGGGUACAGGUCUAAACCCAGGCCCCACACCUGUCACACCCCCCCCCUUUUUUUUUUGGCUUCCCAACUUGACCUAAACCCCUACAACUUCAAGUUUAACUCCAACUUCUUCUACUACUUCUUCUUCUUCUUGCCCCCUGAGAAAACUUUAUUGCCCUGUGCCUUCUCACUGUGAUUUGUAGCCUCCCUCAGGGCAAGAUCUGCUCCCUGCACUUCCCCCAAACUUCCCAGAAACCCCCCAGAGACCCCGUUUAAAUCCCCCGGCCCUCGCCUGUGCAGCCCACUACUUCCACGUCCUCUUCUACAACGUUGAACUGGGUGCUGGAUUUCCUGGACCAUGCCCACCAGGUGCCCUCCUUGAAGCAUAAUUGUUCCGUCUCGAUCGGACAGCCUGCGCAAUCGCCUCUGAAUCGCAGUUUAGCCUGAUUACUAUUAAUACUAUUAUUAUUGCGUUUUUCUUUUCUUAUUUUUAUUAAAAUCACAGUGCUGAAUGUUUACGGUCCAACCUCUCAUGUCAGUGGGUUUCGCUGUGGAGCCUCUCGAAGCCUCUGAGCACAAACUGUUAAAGUGUAGCUGUUAAUCAAGUCUUUUCAUAUCAUGUAGAUACAGAAGAUACCUGUAGCAUUUAUAUCUUUCUUCGUUUUUUGUUUUGGCUUUGACAUGAACUUACGGACAACCUUACACAUUGGCGAACGAUGGCGAACGUUGGCGUACGCCGGCGAACGUUCCUGAGAUCAGCACAGCAAUACUGCGAUCAUGACCAGUGUUGAAACGUUGAAACUACCAACCAGCUCAUCACUAUUAGCAGAUGCAACAAAUGUAGAGUAGAUGUCCAAAAAAAAAAAAACAACCCCAAACACACAACUCUGCAACAACCCUAGCACUGUAUCAAUCCCUCAAUCCUUCAAUUCCUCAAUCUCUCAAUCCCUCAAUCUCUCCGUUCCGCCCCUGAUUCUUUCUAGCUUGACCCACAUUACCGUAGCCUUUAAUUUAAUGUCUUCACCACAGUGUGUGCUGUUCUGCAUUCCCAAUUCACACCCAGUGCUUCCUCUGUCUUACCAGGCGUCUGCAGCCGUGAGGGCCUCUGAAGAGCACCAAUUCCAGUCUAGUCUGGGGUUCGAAAAACAAUUUGCAAUAAUUCACGAGUAAAGCGGGAAAACAGGGUGCAGGCUUGAUCGAGCACUAGGUGUCCAUUCUGUCCACUGUUUGCACUGUUUUAACUGUAAAUUUGAACAUGCAAAAUCAUGACAAUGUCGUUUGGCUGCAUCGACCAUCCUUGUUUUAUCUGCCCUAUGCCACCAACCACCCCCACCCCCCCCUUUUGCCCCCUUUACUUUAGCAUAUAUGUAGCAUCACCAGGGCUAUAUGACUUAAGUGUGGUAAAAAUGCAGCAUGAGUUUUUGAAUUCGAGUCGACUGCGGUCGAUUCCUCGAAGAGUUCCAAGUGAAAAUCGUGAGCAGUUUUGUAUUUGUAUUCUUUACAUUGUAACAUCACUUAGUAAAUACAGUAUUUGUGUAUAUCUGUUCAAGCUCUUUUUGAUUGCUGGUUUGCUUUGUGAAAGUGUGACCUGCUUACCUCAAUCAGGGACUUGCAGCAGAUGGUGUUUUGACAGUUUUUUGUAAUUCAGAUUAAAAUGCGGUUUAAGGAUCCCA